AGAAAUCAUGGUUCUCAAAUUUACACACUCAAGUGAGUCUGACAAAUUCGUCAAGCUAAAGUGAAUAAGAGAAAAACAAAAAAAGAGCAACAACAAAUAACAGAGAAGAACCAAAGAAAGCUCUCGGUGUAACAUCUCUGCCUUGGCUUGGGCUCCAGGGCAGAGAUCUUCUAUUCUCUGUCUCAAUUCCGGACUCAAUCCAAAAUGGCGUUUCAAGAUUUUGAUCAAAUUUCUGAGCGGAGAAAGCUCGAAAGGCAGCAAAAGAUGAAGAAGAGGAUCAUGAUUGCUGUUGUAUUGCUCCUCCUCAUCCUCGUCGCUGUUGCUGCUGCUGUUGUCUAUUUUGUUGUGCUUAAGAACAAGGGUGACGAUGCCUCAGCUAACAAAUCUAACAAGAACGCCUCGACGCCCCCUCCAAAAGAACCAACCACCCCUGAAAGUGCUGCAACCCCACCUCCUAAGGUUGAUGCAUCACCACCCCCGUCUCCUCCUUCUGAGGCUGAUGCGGCACCGCCUCCUGCUGAAGGUGCUGCUGCUCCUCCCCCAAAGGAGGACGAUGUUGUAGCCCCUCCACCAAAGGAGGAUGGUGCUGCAGCAUCACCACCUGAUGGUUCAACCCCACCUGCACCAUCACCUGAUGGUGCAGAAACACCUGCACCAUCACCACAGGAGGGUGAUAAUGCAACAACAGCACCAGCCCCUUCACCAAAAGGUGAAGGAACUAUAGGAGCAAUAUGCGCGGGCACAGAUUUCAGUCAAAGUUGCGGGGACAUUCUAUCAAAAGUUUUACAAGCAAAUGCCUCUGGCGCUCAACCCAAAGAUCUUCUCAAGGCAACCGUGUCUGCAGCUAUCGAAGAGAUUGCAACCGGCAUUGAUGAACUGGGCAAAAUAAACAAGGAUAUCCCAGAGAAGACCGUUGCCUAUGACGAUUGUAUGGCCCUCCUUGCCGAUGCCAAAAAAGACUUGAACACUUCCGUUUACAUGCUUGAUGGAGGCAUUAAUGAUGUAGCCUCAACAACAGCUGAACUCAAUAACAAGUUAAGUGCAGCUUUGACAUACCAAGGCAUGUGUGUGGAUGGAUACCCUGAAUCAGACCAGUCCACGGUGCAAGCCGCCUUGAAGAAGACAGAGGAACACACCAUCAAUUCUCUCGCUGUUGCUUCCGGACUGUCAUCAUCCCCACAACCAAAUAGUAAUGCUAAAAGACGUCUUCUAACAACACGAUUAGGUGUUCCCGCAUGGAUUAAUCAAGGUGAUCGGAGAAUGUUGGAUGGAGAAGAUGAAGGCAAAGAUAUAAAGGCUUUAGCAAACAUCACUGUUGCAAAAGAUGGUAGUGGUAAUUUUCCUACCAUAAAUGAAGCUAUAAAGGCAGUUCCUCAAAGCUAUGAAGGAAGGUACUUUAUUUAUAUUAAAGAAGGAGUUUAUGAAGAGAAUGUAGUUGUGUCACAAUCACAAGUCAAUCUUACAUUUGUUGGAGACGGAUCCCAAAAGAGUAUCAUCACCGGGAGCAAAAACAUUGUGGACGACCUGUCAACAUACCAAAGUGCAACAGUUGUUAUUUCAGGAGAGGGAUUUUUUGGGUAUAAGGUAGGAUUCCGAAACACCGCGGGUCCUGAAAAAUUACAAGCCGUGGCUCUCCGAGUUCAAGCUGAUCAUGCAGUAUUUCUGAAUUGCCGCAUGGAGGGUUACCAAAGCGUGAUCUAUGCUAGUACCUAUCGACAGUUCUAUCGUGGAUGUUACAUCACGGGCACAGUCGAUAUCAUCUCAGGCAAUGCGGCCGCUGUGUUCCAAACUUGUCAAAUUUACCUAAGGAAACCAAUGGAUGACCAAAAGAACGUCAUUACCGCACAAGGAAGGUCGAGCAAGCACCAAACCACGGGGACCGUCUUGCAAAGUUGUGGCAUUUUCGCAGACGAUCAGCUCACACCUGAAAAAUCGAGGUUCAAGAGUUACUUGGGUCGACCAAUGAAGGAAUACUCGAGGACGAUCGUGAUGGAAACGGACAUUACUGAUGUGAUUGAUCCGGAAGGAUGGGAGGCUACGAGUGGGGACUACGCGUUGAGCACUUUGUAUUUCGGGGAAUACAACAACAAAGGCGCGGGGGCUGAAACUAGCUCUAGAAUUAAGUGGGCAGGAUAUCAAGGCUCUAUAGGCAAGGAUGCUGCUUUGAAUUACACUGUUGAAUCCUUUUUACAAGGCCAAACUUGGUUGAAGGAUUACGAUGUUCAAGUUCGUUUUGGCCUUUCCAACUGAUCAUCAUCAUAUCAAAUUAAUCUUUCUUCCUCUUAAUUCCAUGUCAACUUAUGAUGUUCUUCAUCUUAGUUAUCUUUAAUUUAGUUUGUUCCUAAUUAUCAUCUUGUACAAGUAGUGAACUAUCUGCGCUCACAGGAAAAUUUUCUUACUACGUACGCACCUUAUUACACUGAAGCUAAAUAUGCUGAAUAAUUGUAACGAGUACUAUUCAUUGUAUAAUUUGUACCACUAAAUAAAUAAACCAACUCUAGAGAUAAGUUCAU